GAGGGGGCGCGAGCGCCUGAGUAGGAGCCGCUCCCCGCGGCGUUCCCACCGCCUCCCCCCGUGGUGUUCAGCCUAUCCCGGCCGCGCUCGGCCCCGCUCCGCUCCGCUCCCCGCUGUCGGGCGGGGAGGGCGGCCGGAGCCCGGGGGAGGGGAGGCGCAAGGACAUGGGCUGGUUCUGAGCGCCGGGGGAGGGAAGCCGUCGUGCGUGUGCCUCCCUAGAUUUUCAUAACUGUUUGUUGUUGGGUGGUGUAGGUUUGGGUUUUUCUCUCCCUCCCCCGUUUUCCAACAAGGCGGAGGGGAGAGCGGCGGCUCCCAGAGCGCCUGCAUGGCUCUCCUGCCCCGGAGCGCCCCUGGAAAAUAGAACCCGUCUGGGGCCAGGUGACAUCCCCCCGCCGCCACACUCACGGGAGCGGCAGGGGCGGACGAGCCACCCCUGAGGACAUGGAGGGACCCUCGGGGGAAGCGGAGCUGCCGCUCCUCACGGUGAAGCACGAGCUGAGGAACGCAAAUUUGACAGGCCAUGCAGAGAAAGUUGGCAUUGAAAACUUUGAGCUCCUGAAAGUUCUUGGAACAGGGGCCUAUGGAAAAGUAUUCCUAGUGAGGAAAGUAAGCGGCCAUGAUGCUGGAAAAUUGUAUGCCAUGAAAGUACUGAAGAAAGCAACAAUAGUUCAAAAAGCCAAAACAACUGAGCACACAAGAACAGAACGACAAGUCUUGGAGCACAUCAGGCAAUCACCGUUUCUGGUCACAUUACAUUAUGCCUUCCAGACAGAUACAAAGCUUCAUCUCAUUUUAGACUAUAUAAAUGGAGGAGAAUUGUUUACUCAUCUUUCACACAGAGAGAGAUUCUCAGAAAAUGAGGUGCAAAUAUACAUUGGAGAAAUCGUUUUGGCACUUGAACAUCUCCACAAGUUGGGGAUUAUAUAUCGAGAUAUAAAACUUGAGAAUAUUCUUCUCGAUUCUGAUGGCCAUGUGGUGCUGACAGACUUUGGUUUAAGUAAGGAGUUUCUUACUGAUGAGAAUGAGAGAGCAUAUUCCUUCUGUGGAACAAUAGAAUAUAUGGCUCCAGAUAUUGUGAGAGGGGGAGACACAGGACAUGAUAAGGCUGUUGAUUGGUGGAGUGUUGGUGUUCUUAUGUAUGAAUUAUUAACUGGAGCAUCACCGUUUACAGUUGACGGAGAGAAGAAUUCCCAAGCAGAGAUUUCUAGGAGAAUAUUAAAAAGUGAGCCACCUUAUCCACAAGAAAUGAGUGCUCUGUCUAAGGAUAUAAUUCAGCAGCUUUUAAUGAAAGACCCCAAGAAGAGGCUAGGUUGUGGUCCCACUGAUGCUGAUGAAAUCAAACAGCAUCCCUUUUUCCAGAAUAUGAAUUGGGAGGACUUAGCUGCCAAAAAAAUACCAGCUCCAUUUAAACCAGUAAUCAGAGAUGAAUUGGAUGUCAGUAAUUUUGCAGAAGAGUUUACAGAAAUGGAUCCAACAUACUCUCCUGCAGCAACCCCUCAGACUUCAGAAAGAAUAUUUCAGGGAUAUUCUUUCGUUGCACCUUCUAUUUUGUUUAAACGCAAUGCAGCUACAGUAGAUCCUUUUCAGUUUUAUGUGGGGGAUGAGCGACCUGGAACUACAACUAUUGCCAGAAGUGCUAUGAUGAAGGACUCUCCAUUUUAUCAUCAUUAUGAACUGGAUCUGAAAGAGAAACCAUUGGGAGAAGGAAGUUUUUCCAUUUGUCGAAAGUGCUUACACAAGAAAACUAGCCAAGAGUAUGCAGUAAAAAUAAUUAGCAAAAGAAUGGAAGCCAACACCCAGAGAGAAAUAACAGCUCUGAGACUCUGUGAAGGACACCCGAAUGUAGUGAAGUUACAUGAAGUUUUUCAUGACCAGCUUCACACAUUCCUAGUAAUGGAAUUACUGAAGGGAGGAGAAUUGCUUGAACGUAUUCAGAAAAAGAAACAUUUCAGUGAGACUGAAGCCAGUCACAUUAUGCGCAGACUUGUUUCAGCAGUGAGCCAUAUGCACGAUGUAGGAGUAGUCCAUAGAGACCUGAAACCUGAGAAUUUACUAUUUACAGAUGAAACUGAUAAUUCAGAAAUAAAAAUAAUCGAUUUUGGCUUUGCUCGCUUAAAACCACCUGACAAUCAGCCUCUUAAGACUCCAUGUUUUACUCUUCAUUAUGCUGCCCCAGAGCUCUUGAAUCACAAUGGUUAUGAUGAGUCUUGUGAUCUGUGGAGUUUGGGGGUCAUUUUGUACACAAUGCUAUCAGGACAGGUACCAUUUCAGUCUCAAGACAGAAGUUUAACAUGUACCAGUGCAUUGGAAAUCAUGAAGAAAAUAAAAAAAGGAGAAUUUUCCUUUGAAGGAGAGGCUUGGAAAAAUGUUUCUGAAGAGGCUAAAGAGCUAAUUCGAGGACUUCUAACAGUGGAUCCAAACAAAAGAAUUAAAAUGUCCAGCCUGAGAUACAACGAGUGGCUUCAGGAUGGCAGCCAGCUCUCAUCUAAUCCUCUAAUGACGCCUGAUAACUUAGGCUCUUCAGGAGCUGCAGUGCACACAUAUGUCAAAGCCACUUUCCAUGCCUUUAACAAGUACAAAAGGGAAGGAUUUUGUCUCCAGAAUGUGGACAAGGCACCUCUUGCAAAAAGAAGAAAAAUGAAAAAAACAAGUACAAGCACAGAGACACGUAGCAGCUCCAGUGAAAGUUCCCAUUCUUCUUCCUCUCAUUCUCAUGGUAAAACUACACCUACAAAGACAUUGCAGCCCACAAACCCUACAGACAGCAAUAACCCGGAAACCAUCUUCCAGUUCUCCGACUGAGAAGCAGAGAAUAUCCUGUUUCGAGGAGUUAAGUGGUUAUAGACUUGGCAGUACCUGUAUUGUCUUCUCCCACCCUUCCUCCCUGUGGCUUACAGGCUGCUACAGGAAGACGUCUGUUGCUUUCGAAAUGUAUUUUAGUCAUACCUUUUUAGCUUUGUAUUUCCAUACAUUUCCUUUUAGCGCUGUUUGGUAUCACUGGAUAUAGUAUAAUACUGUUAUACAACCAACAUUGGAUUCUCUGAGGGCUAAAUUACUGGUGUGCAGUCAAGCUCAAGGUAAGUAGCUGUGCUGCUCAUGGUACCGCUUGGAAGAAGACUGUUCCUCAGUGUCACAAUCUUCCUCCCAGUUUCUUCCCCCCUGCUCAAAGAAAGGAAAGCUCUGUAACAUAUAUGGAACUUUGGGAUCUUCUGCUCUUACCCAGCUCUGUGAAGAAUGUUACAGAAUUUGUUUCUUCAUGCGUGUAAAGAGUGAUUUGUACAAUGCACCAAAGCAGUAUAGUACUUUAAAGCCUUUUAAAUUUAUGGUUACAUUCUGUCCCAUUUAUUUGAAUUUUAAGAUCAAAAUGAAGCACUAUGAAACUCUUAUUUUCUUUAAAAAGUAGCUCCAUGUAUCUUGUUCUAAACAACUGAGAAUAGAAGUCUUAGAUUUUUUUAAUUUAUUUAUUUUUUUAAAAAUACUUCUAGGAUAAAAGUUAUCUGAUAAGGUGAGAUGUCUAAUACUGUGAUAAAAUAAUUUUUAUUUUUUGAAGUUAUUAACUUCUAAAAGAUUUUACAGAUUCUAAAACGUAAUGCUAUAAGAGAAAAAUAAAUUUCAUAUUUGAUGCUUUGGAAAAUGGUCACAUGUUAAAAUACCUAUUUCAAGAUUUAAUUAUAUAUAUUUUUUUUUAGUAGUUACACAAUAAUUUUAAAAUACUAAGAUUUUUUUAAAGAUGAGAAAACUCCAGUUUCAGCAUUUGUUAUUAUAGGGUCGAUAAGAAUGCAUACCAAGUUAUUUGAAUUUAGCAUUGUGCAAAUAUGGCAGUCUAAUAGUGACUGUAAAAUAUUAGAAUAUAUGUUUUAUUUUUCGCACUUUAUAACAUCCAAAGGAGAUGUUUUAGAAUAAAGUGCACUCAGAUCUCUCUUCCUACAUGGUGCUGAGCACUGUUUUACUGGGCUGAAUGACCUGAAAUCCACCAUAUUUGGUGGUUGUGGUUAUUGUGAAGGAGAAUUCUGUACUUUGCAGGAGUGAAUCCCUGUAUAUUACCCACUGUUUUCAUUCCUUACUGUAAAAUGCAAAGCUCUUUCUAUCCUGCUUUUACAUUGUAUAUAACAAAUACUAGACUUGGGCACCUUGUGUAGUGUAGAUGUUAACAACUUAUGCACUGGGAAUACUAAAGGGAAAUUAUAUUGAACACUGUGCUUCACAACUUGUUCACUGUGGUGUUCUACAGUGAAGUAUUUCCUACUGUGAUAGUAUAGUAUGUACAUAACUGUUUGGAAUCAUAAAUGUGACUUACAGAAACAUCAGCAUAAACUUUUAAAUCAGUAUAUUUUAUAAAUUUAUGGAGAGUCUUUUAUAGCUUGUAUUCUCGAUGAUUAGGGGUAACUUAAAUGCUAAAGAUGACUCCUGUUUUGCAAAUGCUUACAUGUGUAAGUUUCCACUGAAGUCAGAAAGGCUCCUUGUUAUAUGCCUAAAUUUGUGUGAUGGAAGACUAAUUGACUAGAGGAUUUUGUUAACAGCUGUCUCUAUCCUAAAGUAACCUUAAUCCAAACCCUAUGCAAAAAAAAAGUUAUAGAAAUUGUUUAUAUCAGUGAUUUUAUUUAUAGAAUUAUAUCAGAUAUCAGUAUUGACAAAUACAAUACAUCCAUGUUUACAGGGAUUGUGUGUAUCAAAAUAAGGCUUUGAAGCCCAACAUGUUUGUUCUGUGUUUCUUUAAUAUUAAUAAUGGCAUUCUGAGGUUUUGGAAUUGCUCAUGUGAAAUAGUUUACUACUUUCUUGAUGUGAAUGUCAACAGUAAUUGCAGCAUUAAUUUCAGGUUGAUGUGAAUAUUGAGAUUUGCACUGUUUAUGUAGAAGUAGUAUAUUUAAAGAUCAGUCUAUGUGCUAAUAACACAACCAGUUUUAAGUGGCUGAUGUUAAAAGUAUUGAAUAAUAAUUGUCAAUGUAAUAUAUUCAGGUUUGCUUUCUGAAUGCUAUCUUUGGAAGUAAUCUCAAUAGUGAACAUGGCUCAUUUGUAAAAGAAUACUUUUCCUCUCCCGAAUAAACUUGCUGUAAAUACAACAAACAAUCCACCAUUAAUACUUGUUAUGCAGACAAUAUAAGUGUAUUGGGAGAUUGGAGAACAGGUUGUUUGUAAGUUUUGCACUUUGAGGUGUUUGUGGAAGUUGUUGUUUUCCUGAUGAAGACAACUAAAAGCGAUUGCAGUCUGAUUUCAUUUAAGUGUAAGAAACUUUUGGAUACAAGGUGGAUUUGGAAUAUUGUGACCCAAAUGAAAGAACUUAAAUGCUGGGAACACAGAACAGUUGUUUCCGUGUUGGGAAAAUGAAACUGUUUCUUGACAAACUGAUGAAACAACAAGAAUGUUUGCACUAAACAAUAGAUAACAAAGAUACUAAGUGCUAGAGAUAAUGUCUGUGUUGUCAAUAAUUUUUUCUACACAGAUUUUGAGAGACUGUUGUGAGACUAAAGUUAUUAGAAUACAUCACUUGUAUCAAAGACAACUUUUAUAGCUGAAUAUUUCUGGGUCCUCUUUGUGCUGUCACGGUAGUUGCUUAAGAAAAAUUUAAACCCUGGGUGUUUCAUUUGGGCAGGGCUAAGUACAUUUAGGUAUCACCUUGUAUUUACUUUGAACCAGCUAUCCAGGGUAGCUGAAAUGUUUCUGACCUCUGGCUGCCAGCUGCCUCCAGGUAAACAGAGCUCUUGAGGAAGUGUAUUCAGACAGACUGAGAUGUCUGAAUUUUUAGAUUAGCAUCUUUACAUAAACAACUGCUGAUGUACAUACAUACUGAUAUAUUGAAACUUGAGUUGCAAAUUAGGCAGCUCAAGAGUAAGUUUACUUCUUGUUCUGAUGUCCCUGCAGAAGAGUAUUUACUCUUGGCAGAACAGUGUUUUGAUCUGUUGACCAGCCUGGAACUCAAGGUCGUAUAAAGACCAUGGGCCAUGUUUUCAUAUUCAGAUCAUUGUUUCAAAUUUGAAGUGUACAAGUUAAUUUUCAUUAGUACUAUAAAUACUUUAUAUUGUCUUGGUGAAGAGAUGUUACACUCUAAAUUGUGUAUACUCAGAUUAAGUUUUCUUCACAGUGCUGCUAUACCUCAAUCAGCUUUAAUGUCUAGUAAUGAUAUCUGUCUGCUGUCAGAAAUACAGUGCUGUCAGUGAUGUUGUAGGCAGAUUUGUGUGAAAAGUCAAAUUUCUUAUGAGUAAAGAGUUCAAUUAGUGUGGGUUUUAAUCUAAUCUUCAAAGUACUCAAUACCUGGUAAAGCCAUUUCUUGUAAUGCUUUUAGAAACACAAAUAUUAGUAUUAGCAGGUAAUUCUGCUAAAGGAUUUAGAGAAGUACAAAGAAAAUAUCAUGACUUACUGUUCUCUGGCUUAGUGAAAUUUCUAUACUUUAAGGAAACAAAUCAGUGUAUUUGGCAUAUGUGUGGUUUACUGCUAUUAAAAAAACCCUAUUAAAUACCUCAUUAAACAGUUGAGGGUGAGGGGCAACAUGUAUUGCAUCACAGAAUAGAGUAAGGCUUCAAAUUUGCUCUGCUGAUGAACAUAUUUUCUCAGCCCUUUUCCAUGGGUACUUUUCUGAACAAAAUAAUGAUUCCUUCACAGCUGUGUCCCUUCUCAGUCAUCUGAGAACAGAAUGAUGCUCAGCAGAAAACAUGUUCAUUGGUUGUGGUGAAAUGUUGCACCAGCAUCUUCUGUUUUUAAUCUGUGCAUGUGUUCUCUGCAUGCAUGUAGAUACAUGCUGUAUUGCAUGUCUAGAUCUCAAAGUAAUAUGCCUUGAUUAAGAGAAUUUGUAUUUUAAAAAUGGGUUCUGGACUCACACAGAUUGGAGGACUAGAUUAGGGGGCUGCCACAGAAGAGGAAGAUGAUCACAGGAAGUCAGAAGUGAGAAGCUUCUGGGAAGAUUCUAUCGUGGGUAAUUUCUCCCCUGGCUAUCUCCAUGUGCAUGUAUUAUUCACUGACAGUGAAUUGCAAGCUCUCUUGCCAGUUAUCCAACAUAAACAUAUUUCCUACCUCUGCAGGUCCCCAAGUAUGUGUGUGUGUAGCUUUUUAACAUUUUGUUCAUCGUAUUGAAAUUAUUUGUUAUUUCUCAAGUUAUCAUUCCAGGUGUUUUUACUAAGUUAAUGGUCUUCAUUCUUUCCCCUAUAAGUGAUAGUCUUUUUCAAAAUCCAGUUUUCACAUGGUGAAACAUUACAUUGCCUUCCUUCAGUUGAGAUAGUAGACUGAAUAUCCUGGAUAUAAUGUGGACAUUUCAGCUGUAAAGAGAUAAAAUUGCUUUGAUCUUUGUCUGCCAGUGAGAAACACUCCUCAGUUUGGUCCUUUGGCCCACAAGGCACUGGAUUUUCUAAAAGUAGAAGAAAUGCAGAGCUAUUCACUAGCUCUCACCUGCCAUCACACAGUUUUAUAUAUCACAUAUUAAAUAGACUCUGAAUGUUGACAACAUGUGUGUAGAAAAGAAAAUUCAGACUGAUUUCUAUAGUCUGCACUAGAAAAUAAAGUGAUGCUUUCAAUUACAUGGACCAGCUCAAACAGUCUCUUGUUUGUUGUACCCAGAAACUGAAUAAUGGAGAUAUGCAAGAGACCUGCAAUAACACAAAUUUCAAGAAAACAUGUAUUUUGACAACCUUCAUGUUCUGUAUGAUAGAAAUGGAAGACAGCAACUAGCUGGGAAACAAUGAUAAAUGUUUAGGUAGAGAUGCUGUGGGCUGGUCUGACUUAUACUUUAUUCAGUGGUGGAAAGGAAUCCAUAUUAUUCACAUGCAAAGUUGCUUUUAAAAAUUUGCAACCAGUCUAACUGUAUUUACAAAAGUCAUGCAGAAGUCCACUAACUUGCUUUGAAAUGUCAGUAAUAAAGGAAAGAAAAACAGAACUCUUUAAUUGUUUCAGGAACUGCCAAAAAACUUAACAGAUGAAACUGCAAACUGACUGCAAACUUCUUACAGCUUUCUUAAUACAAAUAUAUUUGUCAACAAAUCCAGCAUCAAAUAUUAAAAUAGGUCUCAUUUAUGUUCA